AUUAGUUAUUAUUAAUAUAUAGGUGACAAUAAUGGUUGAAGAAAUGGACUCAACGGGUAGUGCAUUAAAUAGUUUGUUUUCAUUUACAAGUCCAUCAGUAAAAAAGCUAUUAGGAUGGAAACAAGGUGAUGAAGAAGAAAAGUGGGCUGAAAAAGCAGUUGAUGCCUUAAUGAAAAAACUAAAGAAAACCAAAGGUGCAACUGAAGAUUUACAAAAAGCUUUAAGUUCACCAGGUCAACCAAGUAAAUGUGUUACUAUUCCCAGAAGUCUUGAUGGUCGAUUACAAGUGUCCCACAGAAAAGGUCUUCCCCAUGUAAUAUACUGUCGAGUAUGGCGAUGGCCAGAUUUACAGUCGCAUCAUGAACUCAAAGCAGUUGACCACUGUCAGUUUCCAUUUUCUGCUAAACAGAAAGAUGUUUGUAUAAACCCAUAUCACUACCAAAGAGUUGAAAGUCCAGUUUUACCACCAGUAUUAGUUCCUCGUCAAAGUGAAUAUGCACCUCAGCAGACAUUGCAGCAAUAUCAGCCACCAGUGGAUGUUGGCAUGCCAAUAAAUGUAUCAAUGAAUACUGAUGGGUUUCCUGAAACUGUAUUAUCAACAAAUCAAACUACAUCUAAUGUUCCUAAUCAAAUUCCAUCAACAAAUAAUAUUAAUGAUUUUCCGGAUACAUCUCUAAUAGAAAAUACUUCAUUUUCAUCACCAGAUGAUCCCAACAAACUUAGUAAUAUUGAAAAAAAUACCAACCUGGAAGAUCUUGAUGGUAUCCCAAUAGUGUAUCAGGAGCAACCUUGUUGGGCUAGUAUAGCAUAUUAUGAACUCAAUUCUAGAGUAGGUGAAGUUUAUCAGUGCCAUUCUCCUCAUGUGAUUGUUGAUGGUUUUACAAAUCCUAGAAAUGAUUUGAAUAGAUUUUGUCUUGGUCAAUUAUCUAAUGUUAACCGUAAUUCAACAAUUGAAAAUACCCGACGACAUAUUGGCAAAGGGGUUCAACUAUAUUAUGUGGGCGGAGAAGUUUUUGCAGAAUGUCUGUCUGAUUCUGCUAUAUUUGUUCAAUCACGAAACUGUAACCAACACCAUGGUUUUCAUCCAUCUACAGUAUGUAAAAUACCGCCUGGUUGUUCAUUACGUAUAUUUAACAAUCAAGAAUUUGCUGGUCUCUUAUCACAAUCUGUCAAUCAUGGAUUCGAGGCUGUUUUUGAAUUAACUAAAAUGUGUACCAUACGAAUGUCUUUUGUUAAAGGCUGGGGGGCUGAUUAUCACCGACAAGAUGUCACAAGUACACCAUGUUGGAUUGAAAUACAUUUACAUGGACCUCUUCAAUGGCUUGAUAAAGUAUUAACACAAAUGGGAAAACCUCAUGAUGCCAUAACAUCACACUCUUAAUAUUUCAAAGACUGUUUUAAAAAUUAAAUUUACUGAUUCCUAUUUGAAUUAUAGCAAUCAUUUUAUGUUGCACUUACUAUCUCAUUUGCAAUGGCCAAAGAAAAAAUGUAAGUUGUAGAUAACUUAAAAUUAUUUACAUAUAGAUGAUU